AUGGAAAUAUAUUGGGUCACCCUUGUCUGUCUAUCAUCGAUAGUUGUAUGCAAAAUAAUUCAGAAAAUUUACAAAUAUUAUUCGUGGCGGACGAAAAUUGACGAAAUACCGGGUCCCCGGGGACGUUUCCCGAUCAUCGGUAUGGUAUGGGAGAUCACUAGAGUCAAACAAGAAGAUCAGAUGCAAUGGCUUCAUAAAAUAGCGAAUCAAUACAAAAAUGGGAUUUUCAGAAUAUGGAUUGGAAUCGAUCCGACGGUUCAUAUCAACACACCAGAGCAUGCUGAGGUCAUUCUUCGGAGUACAAAACAUAUUGACAAAUCGAUGAUCUAUAAGUACAUAGUGCCAUGGCUAGGAAAGGGAUUAUUAACUUCAACAGGAGAAAAAUGGUCCCACGAUCGGAAAUUGAUAACUCCAUCUUUUCAUUUUCGUAUUCUUGAGGAUUUCGCAGAGGUCAUGGUGGAAAAAGCUAGUAUACUAAAUCGGCGUUUGGAGGAGAAGGUAAAAUUGCAUGGUAGUAAAUCAUUCGACGUAUUCAAAAUGACUGGAAAAUGUGCGCUGGAUAUCAUCUGCGAAACUGCAAUGGGAAUAAACGUCGAUGCCCAGAGCGAGGUUGAGAAUGAAUACUGCCAAGCUGUUGAGUGCAUAUCAACGGGAAUUAUGCAUCGUAGACUUCGCCCCUGGCUGAAACUGGACUGGAUUUUCUACCGCACGGAAAAGGGAAAACAAUUAAAAGAUGCCAUUGAAAAAACACACGAAAAAUGCGUUCAUCUGAUUGAGCAGAGAAAAGCUGAGAAACAACAAAAGUUGAAAAUUGUCGAUGACACUGAAGCUGCAGAUGGAGGAAUUGGGAAAACAACGCGACGGGCAUUUUUGGAUUUACUACUCGAGACCAAUGAAAACACUGUAAAACCUUUGACAAUCGAAGAAAUACGAGAGCAAGUCAACACAUUUAUGUUUGCGGGUCAUGACACUACUGGUGCACUCAUGGGUUGGGUUUUAUUCUGCAUUGGGAAUGAUGAAAAAGUGCAGAAAAGUAUUCAUCAAGAGCUGGAUGAAAUUUUUGGAGACUCGAAUGAGCCAGUAACCACAAAACAAAUCCCUCAGUUGAAGUAUCUGGAUAGAGUUAUAAAAGAAGUUCUGAGAUUAUUCCCAAGCGUCUCAGCUAUUGGCCGAACCAUGUCUGAGGAUUUAGAAUUGAGUCCAUACACUAUCCCGGCAGGAUGUACACUGACCUUACAAAUUUACCAACUUCAUCGGGAUCCAAGACACUGGCCAAAUCCAACGCACUUUGAUCCCGAUCGCUUUCUACCGGAAAAUUCAAGAGAUCGACAUCCUUACAGUUAUAUACCGUUUAGUGGUGGCCUGCGGAAUUGUAUUGGUCAAAAAUUUGCCUUGCUCGAGGCAAAAAUUGUGCUGACCGAAAUACUACGAAAAUGGCGAAUUAAAAGUCGGGAUAAUCAUGACAAUGUUAAAGCACAUACUGCUAUGAUAUUGAGGCCACAUGAAGGGAUUUUCAUGAACUUUUAUCCCCGAAGUUACUGA